AUGGGUGGUUCACAGUUGAAGAACUUGAAGGCCGCUUUAAAGGCUAAUGGGUUGACUGGUCAGACCAAUGUCAAGAAGAGUUCUAAGAAGAAGGGCAAAUCUCCCAGGGAGUUUGAUAGAGAAGAAAGACAGAAGACUAUUGAAAGAAUUAGGGAACAGUUUAAUCCGUUUGAUGUGAAAACAAAUCGUAAUAAAAAGGUUGGUGUGAUGAGGGAAUCUGCAGCUAAACUUGCAGUAGGUAAGCCGGGAAUCACUAAACAAGCCGGUGAAGAUCAACGUAAAAUGUUCUACGAAGCCAAGAAGUCCAGCAAGAACAGAAGCGGUGGUGUCUUAGAUAAACGUUUUGGUGAAAAGGAUAAGAAUUUGACUUCCGAGGAGAUCAUGUUGGAACGUUUCACAAAGGAAAGACAACGUCAAUCUUCGACGAAAAGAUCGUUAUUCAAUUUAGACGAUAGCGAUGGUGGUGAGGAUGAAAACGUGUACGGUGAAAAGUUGACUCAUUAUGGUAAGUCUCUUUCCUUGGAAGAUGAUUUCGAUGAAGGUGAUUUGGGGUUACAGCAUUCUGAUUCGGAGGACUUCAGGUUGAAACAAGCUGGUAAAAGAAAUAUGGCGGAUCAAUACGGAGAUGAAGGGUUAGGUGAUGACGCUUUGCAAGAGCCAGCAAGAAAGAAGACUAAGGCAGAAGUCAUGCAAGAGGUCAUUGCUAAAUCCAAAUUUUACAAACAUGAAAGACAAAAGGCGCAGGAGAAAUUGGUCCAAGAUAUCGAAGGCCUUGAUGACGAUUUCGAAAGCAUUAUGUCUGAAUUAAGGACGUUACCAAAGACUAAACCUUCUCAAACUGAGAUUUCGACCUCCACAGACAUCGCUCCAGAUUAUGAUAUCAAGGUGAAAGAGUUAGUCUUGGAGAAAAGAGCUGCCCCUGCAGAUAGAACUAAAACAGAUGAAGAGAUUAAGAAAGAAUAUGAGGACAAACAAAAGGAAUUGGAGCAGAAAAGGCUUGAUCGUAUGAACGGUAUUUUCAACAUUGAAGAUCAAAAAGAUGCUGGUGUUGAAGAUUUGGGAGAAGAGUUUUGGGAAGAUAGCGACUCUGAGGAGGGCGAAUAUGGUGAAUAUAUCAAAGCAAUUCCUGACUCGGAUGACGACGUUGAUUUCGAGAAGGAUAACAAUGAUGACAAUGAAUACGACGCUACAUCAAAUGGUAGACCUUCAGCAAGAGUUAUACCUUCUGUUCCAUGUCCUCAAAUUCACGAUGACUUACUAAAUUUCUUGAAAUCUUAUCCUAUCGAAGAGCAUCCAUCUUUAGUUAAAAGAAUAGUAAAAACAUACCAACCAAAAUUGGCUGAGGGAAACAAAGAAAAAUUGGGCAAAUUCACUGCUGUUUUGCUCAGACAUAUACUUUUCUUGGCUGAAGAAGAUUACUCGGUUAAUGUGAAAGAAAUUGCAUCAUUACAAAACGAACUAGUAAGCAUUCUAAAGACUCUUUCAGAAAAGUUUACCAUUCCACUAUCAGAGGAUUGUAGAAAUAUCAUCUCAGAUAUUCAGACUAGAUUCAAAGAAUCCCAGUUCUAUGGACUAUCUCCAUCAGAUUUGGUAUUUUUCUCUGUUGUUGGUAUGUUGUUCUCCACUUCGGAUCACUAUCAUUUAGUCAUUACUCCCUGUCUGCUUCUAAUUGCAGAGUUUUUGGAACAAAUUAGGUUCAAUUCUCUUCAAAAAUUAAUAUUUGGUUCGAUACUGGUUAGAAUCGCCAUCCAGUAUCAACGUAUAAGCAAGCGUUAUAUUCCUGAGUUAACAUACUUCUUGCAGACAUCUUUGCGUUCUCUAAUACCGAGUACCAAAGGGGAAACAUUAGAAAACAAAGAAAAACAGGAGGACAAUUUAUCAAUAGUAGGCUCGGAUAUUAACUGGUCCAAGGUCGCCCCUUCUUUAGAAUUACACUCAUUAUUUUCCGAGGAUCUAGAAAAGCAAGAAUCUAUCAAACUGUCCGUGCUGGUCAACAAUCUAGAAUCAAUUGAUUGGUGCAUAACGAACAUCUGGAAAGAUCUUACUGCCUUCCCAGAAAUCAUUAAUCCCUUCAAAGACAUACUAAACGUGGCUGCCGAAGUAUAUCCUGGUACUUCUAAACCAAAACAAUUAGUGGAAAAGAUCGAAAAGCUAUUGAAAUUCCAAGAACGUCUGCCAUUGACGUUGCAACAGCAUAAACCACUGGCGAUUCCAUCAAAUACGCCUAAAUUCGAAGAGAACUUCAACCCAGAUAAGAAGUCGUAUGAUCCAGAUAAGACCAGAAGUGAGUUGAACAAGAUGAAGGCGCAAUUGAAGAAGGAACGUAAGUUCACUAUGAAAGAAAUACGUAAAGACACUAGAUUCGAGGCAAGACAAGGCAUUGAAGAAAAGAAGAAGGAGUACGCCGAUUACCAUUCCAAGAUGGCACGUAUUGUCAAUCAAAUCAGUACUGAAGAAGGUGCUGAGAAAAACAAAUAUGAGCGUGAAAAGAAGCUCCGUAAUACCAAACGUUAA